UUUGCUCGCACGGACACCCACUAACUCUUCGUCACGUGUCCUCGUUGCUCAAAGCCUCUGAACCACUACAAGUACCGUUGGAUCCUCCGGAGAUCUACAGCGGCCGGAGUUUCGUCUACAGUCGACGUUUUUCUCUCGGCUAAAGCUCAUCGCCAAUCAAGGAUGGCUUCGAUGGGAGCUGUGAGUGUAUCAAACUUUGUUUCGAGGAGUUCUCUCAUCAGUCAUGGGGCUACAGCCUCAGAGACUAAGAUGAGCCUUUCUGUUGGCGGGAAGAAUCAAGUAGAAACACACAAGGGAUUGAAAUCCUUGAACAAUCUGGAUGUGCUGCGGAAAAGAACUCCUGCAAGUGCAAUUUGCAGGACUGUGAGUAGGAAAACUGAUGGACUUGGUGGAACUGCUGGGAAAAUUGUGUGUGAACAAGGGAUGAAUAUAGUGUUUGUGGCUGCUGAAGUUACUCCAUGGAGCAAAACUGGUGGGCUUGGUGAUGUUCUUGGAGGAUUGCCUCCAGCAAUGGCUGCUAGAGGGCAUCGUGUCAUGACGAUAGCUCCUCGCUAUGAUCAGUACAAAGAUGCUUGGGACACGGAUGUAACAGUCGAGAUUCAAGUUGGGGACGCAAUUUUAACUGUGCGGUUUUUCCAUUGCUACAAACGAGGGGUUGAUCGAGUAUUUGUUGAUCACCCAAUAUUUCUGGAAAAGGUUUGGGGCAAAACUAAAUCCAAACUUUAUGGGCCGAAUGCAGGCGUGGAUUAUGAUGACAAUCAGUUGCGAUUUAGUCUAUUGUGCCAGGCUGCUCUGUUGGCGCCUUUGGUUCUAAAUUUGAACAGCAGCAAAUAUUUUUCAGGACCAUAUGGGGAGGAAGUUGUCUUCGUUGCCAAUGAUUGGCACACAGCUCUUCUUCCAUGUUACUUGAAAACCAUGUAUCAAGCAAGGGGAAUUUAUAAAAGUGCCAAGGUUGCUUUCUGCAUCCACAACAUUGCUUACCAAGGAAGAUUUGCUUUCUCAGACUUUUCCCUUCUGAAUCUGCCUGAUCAAUUCAAGAGUUCCUUUGACUUUACUGAUGGGUAUGUAAAGCCUGUGAAGGGAAGAAAGAUCAACUGGAUGAAGGCUGGGAUAUUGGAAUCUGACAGGGUGUUGACUGUUAGUCCAUACUAUGCCCAGGAGCUUGUUUCUGGAAUUGAGCGAGGUGUUGAAUUGGAUUCCAUUCUUCGUUUGACCACUGUUACUGGUAUAUUGAAUGGCAUGGAUGUUCAGGAGUGGAAUCCUUCCACUGACAAAUACAUUCCCAUCAAAUUCAAUGCUGAAACUGUUGCGGAAGCUAAAGCUCUUUUGAAAGAAGCUCUUCAAGCAGAAGUUGGAUUGCCUGUUGACAGGAACAUCCCUUUGAUAGGGUUUAUUGGUAGACUUGAGGAGCAAAAGGGAUCAGAUAUCCUAUCAGCAGCUAUUCCAAACUUCAUUCAUGAAGAUGUUCAAUUGGUGGUCCUUGGAACUGGCAAGAAAUACUUGGAGAAACAGCUUGAAGAGCUAGAGAUAAAAUAUCCUGACAAAGCUAGGGGGGUAGCAAAAUUCAACGUUCCUUUAGCACAUCUCAUAAAUGCUGCAGCUGAUUUCUUGAUGAUUCCAAGUAGAUUCGAACCCUGUGGUCUUAUCCAGUUGCAAGCUAUGCCUUAUGGAACAAUUCCCUUGGUAAGCACAACUGGUGGACUUGCCGACACUGUUAUUGACGGUUAUACAGGUCUCCAAAUGGGUGCUUUCAGCGUCGAAUGUGAAACAGUUUCUCCAGCUGAUGCAGCCGCGAUUGCUAAAACUGUACUAAGAGCUGUUGCUCUCUUCGGCACCGCUGCCCACAAAGAAAUGAUACAGAAUUGUAUGGCUCAGGAUUUCUCUUGGAAGGGUCCAGCAAAACAAUGGGAGAAAUUCUUGUUGGGAUUGGGAGUCGAAAAUAGCCAAGCCGGAAUCGAAGGGGAGGAAAUCGCCCCUCUUGCAAAGGAAAACGUUGCAACUCCUUGAGAAUGCUGGAAAAAGUGAUGUAUGGCUAUAUAAAUUCCCAGUUUCUCUUAGUAUAUGCUAAAUGCCAUUGGGUUUGGAUAUGAAGAAGAGAAGGAGGGAAGUACUGAAGGAUUUGUUUGAUCUUUUUAGCACAUAUCCUUCCAACAGCAAAGGUAAAAUGGCUCUAGAAAUUGAGGCCACUCUCUAAUUGAUGGUUGGGUCCUCCGGACAUGGCCAUUGACAGGUAGAAGAACCACCCUGUGACCCGUGUAGUAUUCCAUCAAGGAAGAAGAAUUGGAAAAUAAACUAAAUCUGCAAUCUUUCAUUUUUAUUUUUCAUCUUUUUUGUUGUAAGCAUAUAAUAUAGUUAGUAUAAUCCAUCUCAUAGCUUUGGAACUUUUGAUCUUUUGUUGUGCACUUGUAUGGGUUUUGUUAAUCUACGUCGCCACAAUGUGACUCGUAAUAAAUAGUGCUACAACUGAAAUAUAUUGUCAACUAUAUUGUAGUUGUCUUAUCAA